AUGUCCGGUAGAGGUAAAGGUGGUAAAGGUUUGGGUAAAGGUGGUGCUAAGCGUCACAGAAAGAUUCUAAGAGAUAACAUUCAAGGUAUCACAAAGCCAGCUAUCAGAAGAUUAGCUAGAAGAGGUGGUGUCAAGCGUAUCUCUGGUUUAAUCUACGAAGAAGUUAGAGCUGUUCUAAAAUCCUUCUUGGAAUCCGUCAUCAGAGAUGCUGUUACUUACACAGAACAUGCUAAGAGAAAGACUGUUACUUCCUUAGAUGUUGUCUAUGCUUUGAAGAGACAAGGUAGAACUUUGUAUGGUUUCGGUGGUUAA